AGCGAGCACUGGAACUCUCGUCCCCCUCCUACCCGCUCCUCUCUUCCUCGCCCGCUCCUCUCUUCCCACGAAAUCCUAGCCGUCCCGCUCGCGCCGCGGUCCCCAUCCGCUUCUUCUACUUGCGCCGGGGUCGCCAUCGAGGGCCUGCCGCUCGCACCGCCGCUUCCCCGUCCUGCUCGUGCAUCACGCCUAGGGAGGAGACGAAGCCCACGCUGCUGUUCCCGACGGAGCGCGCGCCGUCGCGCGGGAGGAGGCCAGGCGGAGCGCGCCAUCGUUGGAUCUUCCUCGGCGGCGAUCCAGUGCCGAGGAAGGUCACGGGGAAGCGGCUCAUCCUCGGGGGCGCUACGCCGGCCGGUCGGAGGCCGCCGAGUUCGCCUCGGCCACUAAGUUGCUGUCGGGGAGCACAAAGUGCCUCCUUUGAGCACCCGUUGCAGAGACGAGGAGGACCUCAAGUUCUAUCCAUUCGUCGCUGAUACGUGGAUUAUUUUGUGCGUUGUAUACUCUGUAAAAGUUUGGUAUUUGCAGCACCAUAUGGUGGAUCAUAGCAGGUCAGGCACAUCUUAUAACUAGGUCACUUCCACUGGAUCUUUCUGUUAACAAGCAGCUAGACCCAAGCGUGUGUGUAUGAUGUUGUUGGGUUGUUGACAUGGCGCGUUGUCCGGUUGCGGCUCAUGCUCAAGCCACGGUUGAGCCUGGUGGUCAUGGCUGUGGCCGUGGGCGGUCUGCUGGUCGUCGUGGACGAGCCACUGGCCGUGGAGGUUCUAAUAUAGGGUGUGCCCCUGUUUCUGAUCAUGUCGCUGCUUGCCGGGUUCCUGCCGCUGGAGGUGAGCCUCUUGACAGGCGUAGGGGUGUGAGUCGGCGGGUGCCUGCUGCUGGAGCUGAGCCCAUACCCAGGCAUGGGCGUGGCGCUCGGCAGAUGCCUGCUGUUGGGCGUGGCGCCAUACCUCGGUCAAGUGGUAGGGGUGUUCGUGGCUGUGUCCCUGGUCGCGGUGCUAAUUCUGGGCAUGCAGCCGCUGCUAUACAUGUGUCUGCCCCUGGUCAUUCUGCUGGUCCUAGGUACGCCGCCGCUCCUAGGCGUGUGUUGGUCCCUGGGAUUACUAGACGUUACGUGCCACGCCAGCCUGUUGGGGGUCCUCCUCGAAGCCGUACAAGUGAUGGCUGGUUUCCUUUUCUGAGCUCGACCGUGGCUGCGGUAAAUCGCAGAAAACGGAAAAUGUGUGUUGAGUUUCGGCGCACUAGAUACGAAGAACAUGUCGUUGAUGGGCCUUUGCCGAAGGAUUGGCAUGGUUUCUCGGUUUAUGUCAGUGUGGAGGUGAUCGGGGUAGACCGCAACAGAUGGAAAAAACGGAAAGUGUCCAUUAAAUUGCGGCGUCCUGGAUGCGAAGAGAUUGUUGUUCAAGGGCCUUUGCCAAAGGAUUGGCAAGGUUUCUCAGUCAAGUUUGCCGAGUCCCUUAAAGCUUGCUAUGCAGAUAGGUCAUACUACGGCCCUCCGGAUUUCUUGUGCCAAUACUGUGGUGCCUCCUUUUGGUUUGCUGAGUGUUCAAAGUCCAGGUCAUCCUGGACACAUCGUAAGAUGGUUUAUAAUCAUUGUUGUAAAGGCGCUAAGUGUUGUAUACCGUUGAGUUCCAGAAGCGGGGACUGCCUCACGCGCAUAUACUUGUCUAGCGGAGAGGGGGUAACGAUGGUGAUGGCUGAUCUGCAGGCUCUUGUUGUGGGGAGCAGGAACCUAACCAUCUGUGUGUAUGUUUCGCGUAUCUGGCAGCAUCGUGGAUCCACUCAUAACAGUCCUAUGAAAGACACCGACAUGGUCCUUUUGGAUGCCCAAGGGCAACCACGUCUAUGUUGAGAUUGGUGAGAAGCUUUUUCCUAAGUUUAUGGGUCAACUGAAGGAAGGAUGUGCAUAUGAAACUUCUCUGUUCUUUGGUGUUCCUAAACAGACGCUAUUUCAAGCCUAUCGAUGUGAUACACAUUAGGUUCCCUAGGUUCACUACGGCCAGUCCUAAUACUGGUCUAGAAGUUCAGUUUCCAUUUUGCACUUGCCCACGGUGCUUGGUCCAGCGCAUUGGCAGGAGG